AUGGAUGAUCUUUCGAAAUCAAUAAAUAUGAAUAAUCUUAAUAAAAUAACAACAACAAAAAUUACAAGAAAUAAUGAUCAAUCAUCUACAACAUUUUCUAAUAAUAAAAAACUUCCUCAAAUGGUUGAUGAAAUCCAAUCGAAAUUAAAAACUCUACAAAUACCAUUAUCUAAAACAUUUGAAUCAACUGUUAAUCUUGACGAAUCUUUAGAAACUUUAAUAACAACACUUAAUAAUAUGACAACAUCACUUCAAGUAAAUCUUCUUCCUUUUUUUUUCUUUAUAUCAAUUACAUAA